UCUGAGAAGACGUGAAAUUUGGCUGGGCAAACGGCCGGUUAUCGAUUCAGGCUCUGGUACUGAUGCCUUUUGUUCACUGUUGUUUCUUUGCAGAAUUCUUUACCCCUAUCUUCUCAGGUUUCUUCUGCUGCUUACCUAGGGGAUUCCGCUGGCCGUUCUGGAGAGCAUGGCAGGGAUGGGUUACUGCUGUUGGCGGCCCUUCUAUCCAGCCUCUUUUCCCUGGGGCGUUUGAUGCUGUCGUCGACUCUGCUAUCGCCCCUUCGUUAACCGAUGACGAUUUUACUGCUUCUCUACCUGAUUUAUUCCCUGUGGACAACGGCUCACAUUUGCCAUCCUUGCGAGACCAGAGUUCAUGGACACCUUUGCCUGUGGCUUCUUUGCGAGCUGUUGACGCGCCUGGUCCGUCUUCGGCUGAUGUUUACCCUUCUGAUUCUUCCCUUGCUGACGCCCUUGCUGCUGAUGAUGUGCGGAGUCCUGCGAUUCGUUUUGCUCAUAUCACUCGGCGGCCAGAUCAGAUGUGCCAGCUGCGGGAAUUGAUCGAUGGUGGCGUGGUUCGUCCACCUUGCUUUCUUUCCACACUUCUCGUGCUUUUUUUCUCCUGUUUUUGCCUCACUAUGUUUUCAUCUGUGUUUCAGUUUCCGCUACUCCUUCCACUUCUUCCGAAAGAGCAGCUGGCAAUCGUCGUCAUCGUCUGGCUAUGCAAGAGCAUACGGCUCUUCUACGGGCCCAUCGACUUUCGAGCCGUUCUCAUGGAGGCAUCCUGCGGAGGUCAGCUUCGAAUAGUCGUCGCCAGGGUCGUCGUCCGCAUUCUGACAUAUGCCGGCAAACUGCUCUUCUUCAGGCAGGUUAGGCCGUCAACCGUUCUCAUAAUAAUGGCUUCUGGGCUUCAGAACGGUCCGGAAACCUGAAAUAAACAGCGUAACGGGAAUGUUACAUCUCAAACUUGCUAUGUGCUUAUCAUUUACAAAGUGUUUCUUUUUCCUGUUGUUUUAGAAACGAUAUGUGGUUCUAGACUCCAUGUGUGGUAGCUUCACCUUUUGAAUCUAAACAGCUACCGUGCAUAGCAGCAUGGCCAGCUAAGAUAGUCAGGUUCUAGGUUUUACACAUUAUUUAGCUUCGUCUGCCUCUGAUUCCUCUGUUUAUGCUGGUGUGGUUGCUUUGCGGAUGCUCCCAGCGGUAAUUAUCGGUAAAAUGUACUGCCAUGCUUGACCAUGCUUUUCCGACGUCAUCAGCAAAAUGUACACCUGCAGAUCCACGCCAACCUCUUGCUGUCAGAAACAGUUAUCAAACUUUUGCUUAUAAUGCUUUCGAAAUAGGUUGACAAGAGCCCGAAUAAAAUGUUUGCUGAUUGCAUGGAUUGGUACAUGGUUCUACGCUUUGGUUCUCAAAAUGUCCUAGGUUUCCAAUUGUUUGGUUCUUCUUCCAACUUUCUUGCCUCUCUGUACUGCCUUCUACUUGCAUUUUGUUUCCUGUUGUUAACUUCAUUCUCUUUUUCUGCUAAUUUUUU